UCUCCUGCUGUGGACUUGAGUUUAUGUUUAUGUUUUAAAACAUAUUUUUCAAAAACAUAUCUGUUUUUAAAACAUCUGGGUUGGCUGCCACAAACCGUUACUGUGUACCGGAAGUUGUUUUUCCACAAGCGGAAGCUGAUCGCUGCAGCACCGCUGUGGGACACACCUGCAUGGGAGCUGCACGACUUUCGCUCGUUUUGAUUAAAGUCACAGGGAGCUCCAGUCUUUCACUUCACCUGAAAAUGGGGUUUUAGAAUUCAGCAAUGGAUUGUCACCGUUAAGUUCGGCUUACUUCAAAGUGGUCAAAUAAUUUUUUCUUUUAGGAUAAAGCACCAUGUUUCACCACCAUGGGAUGACUGGUCAUUAAUUCUGCACCUGCCAGUUUUUUUGCAGAAAUUCUCUGACCAGAGGAAAUACCUGAUGCAAUAAGUAAUAGGAUACACAUUUGGCUUUUUUUUUUUCGGCCAAGAAGACAGCCAUGUGGCUCUGUUCAGCUCUCAGCAUUUGUUUGCACAGGGGGAAGUAUUUUGUUUUCAUCUUUCUGUCAGUGUUGGUGCUGGUUUGGAUUGCCACCUUUUCUGGUGAAACUGUGAAAACUAUUCUGGGUUCCUCUGGUUUUCCAAUGCAAACAAGAAAAGACAAUCUGAUGGAUAAACCUGACAAUUGGACGUCAACACUUGAUCACCUAUACGUUUCAACACAUAAAGGCAAAUGCCCAGUGGAGUCUCCAUUUCUGGAGGGAGUUAUGAAACUGUCCUUUGAAUCUUCUCUGACAAUGAAGAAUGUAGAGAGUGAAAACAAAAGAGUGCUUGAGGGCGAGUUUGAGCCGUUGGGCUGCACAGCGAGGCAGAGUGUAGCCAUCCUCAUCCCGCACCGCAGCCGAGAAAAGCACCUCCUCUACCUCCUGUAUCACCUGCACCCGUUUCUACAGAGACAGCAACUACACUACGCCAUUUACGUCAUCCACCAGGCUGGCUAUGCAACUUUUAACCGAGCCAAGCUCCUGAAUGUAGGGUAUUUGGAGGCACUAAAGGACUACAAUUGGGACUGCUUCAUCUUCCAUGAUGUGGACCUGAUUCCUGAAAAUGAUAACAAUUUAUACGUCUGCAACGACAAUCAGCCUAAACACAUGGUGGUUGGCAGGAAUGUCACAGGAUACAAGCUGCGUUACAAAGGCUACUUUGGUGGAGUUACUGCUUUGACCAGAGAACAGUUUCAUAAAGUGAAUGGUUUUGCAAACACUUACUGGGGUUGGGGUGGGGAAGAUGAUGACCUCCGCAUCAGGGUUGAGCUGCAGAAUAUGAAGAUUGUGCGGCCGCCGGCUGAUGUCGCCCGCUAUACCAUGGUGUUUCACAAGCGGGACAGUGGCAAUAAGAUAAACCAAGACAGGAUGAAGCUACUAGGAAAAACAUCUUAUAUGUGGAAAAGGGAUGGACUCAGCAGCUGUUCAUACACAACUCUGUCAACUGAAAGGUUGCACCUUUAUAUAAAUGUUACUGUGGACAUCGGUAAGCCAUAGAGUUUUGCUCUCAAUCCCUCAACCCCUUUUUUUUUCUUUUUUUUUUUUUUUUACCAGAACAAAGCUUUAUAUUUUAUGAAGUUACAGCCUUUGAGUGCGGGGGGGAAAAAAAGCUGUUACAAUCUGACAUCUAAAAUACACACAAUGCACAUUGUAUUUAUUGCUGUAUUCAAGGUUAAAUCUGCUGGCAAAUAUAUCUGACAUACAGCAUGUUAUGUCACCUCUACUUCCGGUUUCCAGCUUAAAGGGAACAAUUAUAUAGAUGAUGCAUUAUUAUGUUAUGUUUAAUUUAGUUAUACUAAAAAUCUUGUUGCUAUCAGACAUUGAUUAAUUCACACACAUGCCUUAUUGUUUGCCUGCAUAAUCAUGCAUACGGAUGAUGUGCAUCAUUUUGAUCCAUUGAUGUCCUUAAUGUUUACACACACAAAGUUCAAUCUUUUUUUUGCCUGCUUAGAAAUUUCUCUGUACAGUCUUGUAUUUUUUCUUUUUUUCUCCACAAUAAUUUAUCAUUUUUGCAUGAGCACAACAAACUGUCCACUAGUGGAUUACAUCACUAAUAUUGUUCA